AUGAACUUUAGAAACAACAAAAGCAUUUUUUGCGUUCGUUCGUUUUCUUUCUAAGAAAUAACCCUUCUGUGGAAGCGGACGAUAAAACACAACAAAGACAGUUUACCGAACGAUUGACCGGUUACUUUAAUUUUAAUUCACUAACAAAAUUUUAGUUUUUUUAGAAUGGCAACUAAUAAUGUUAAAACUCUUCACCAGUGUGUUGUAUGUGAUGAGAUUUUCCAGCAAUAUGAUGAUUUAGAAAAACACAAUAAAAUACAUGUUAAAGAUGAGAAAACCGAUGAAGAAGAUGAAUAUUGUCAUGUUAAAGAAGAUAAAACUGAUGAUGUAGAUGAAUAUUGUCAUGUUAAAGAAGAGAAAACUGAUGAUGUAGAUGAAUAUUGUCAUGUUACAGAAGAGAAAACGGAUGAUGGAGAUGAAUAUUAUCAUGUUACAGAAGAGAAAACGGAUGAUGGAGAUGAAUAUUAUCAUGUUACAGAAGAGAAAACGGAUGAUGGAGAUGAAUAUUGUCAUGUUCAAUUUGAAGAAAACAAAACUGAUGCAGAUGCUGAAGAAGAGAAAACUGAUGAUGUAGGUUUCUAUCAGUGUAGUUUGUGUGAGAAAUUAUUCACAUUAGAAACUGAUCUAGUGAAACAUUCUGAAAUGCAUGUUCAUUCAGCAAAGUCUGAUUUGCAGCCUGGUAAACGAGGGAGAAAAUUCAUACUGGAGCCAAAACCUGUAAAAUGUGAUGUUUGUAGCAAGUCAUUUACUAAGAAAGAUUAUCUGAAGAUUCACAUGAGAAUCCAUACGGGUGAGAAGCCGUUCGAAUGUUAUGUUUGUGGUAAAUCAUUCACGAACAAUUGCACUCUACAGCGGCACAUCAUCACCCACACAGGGGAAAAAAAAUAUAAAUGUGAUGUUUGUGAUAAAUCAUUCAGACAAUCAGGUUCUCGAUCCACACACAUGAAGACGCACACCGGCGUAAAACCCUUUAAAUGUGAUGUUUGUGGUAAAUCAUUUAACCAGAACCGCGAUCUUAAGAGACAUUUUGGAUUGCAUUCCGGAGAGAAACCCUAUGCUUGUGGGGUUUGUGGGAAAUCUUUCCGAGAAACGGGGAAUUUAGUGCAACAUAUGCGAACCCAUAUUGACGAAAAACCGUAUAAAUGCGAUGAAUGUAGUAAAUCAUUUACUACUAAUAGUAGUCUACAGAGGCACAUGAAAGUUCACACUGAAAAACCAUAUACCUGUGAUGUUUGUGGUAAAUCCUUUGGCGAAAAGUGUGAUUUAGUGCAUCACAUGAGAGUUCAUAAUCCUACUGAUGAAAAAACUUUUGAGUGUGAUGUUUGUAGUAAAUAUUUUACUAAUAAUAGCCAUCUUCAGAGACACAUGAAAAUUCAUACUAUAGUUACGGAUGAAAAAACUUUUGAAUGUAAUGUUUGUAGCAAAUAUUUUACUAAUAAUAGCCAUCUACAGAGACACAUGAAAAUUCAUACCAGAAAAAAUGUUUAGGUGUGAAAAAUUAUAUAAAUGUGAUUUUUGUAGUAAAUCUUUUGCCGUAAGUAGUAGUCUACAGAAGCGCAGGUGAACACAUACAGGUGGAAAACCUCAUAAUUGUGAUGUUUGUAGAAAAUCAUUUACUCUGAGUGGUAAUCUACAGAGACACAUGAGAAUUCAUACUGAAAAAAAAACCCCAAAAACUUUUAAAUCAUUUAGUCAAAGUGGAACUCUUCAUAUUUAUAAGAUCAAAAUCAUUCACUGUUUGUGAUUUUAUUAUUCAGAAUUUUAAUCUACAAAUGUAAUUUUUGUGUUAAAUCAUUUAGGAAAUGCCUUUAGAGACCAGUUGACUGAAGCCUGGAAAUAAGGCACCUGUCACAGACAAUGUCAGGCGCAGAUUCAGGCUAUGUCAGGCACUAAACCUCUGGUGCCUGUCACUUUGUCUGGCACUGAUUUGUCUUUUUUGUUGAUAUUAUUAAUACAUGUCUGGCACUAAGUUGAAAAUGCCAGGUACUAUUUCAUUAGUGCCUGACAUUUUGUCAGGUACAUCAAAAGCCGUUAUUUCCAGGCCCACAAGUGACCAGAUACAUGUACAUCUAUAAAUAGAAUAUCCUGAUAAUUACUAUUUAUAGUAACAUCUAACAGUAUCUACUUUUAUCAUUUAUUAAUUAACGCACGUUAUUUACAAUUUUAACAGUAUUUACUUAUAUGAUUUAUGAUUUACCAAGAGAAUAUUGACAGUAAAUCACACACUUGUUAAUUAACGCACCUUAUUUACAAUUUUAACGUGGUAAUGCUGAGUAAUAGAUGGGAAAUUAAUUUUCGUUCGAUAGACGUGCAAAUAACACCCCAAACAUAGAUUUCUAUAAAGUCUGUGCAUAGAUUAACCCCUUAGUAGUUCUCAGUAUAUACUUAGAGGAGAGAAUAUUGAUAUUAUAGAGGAUAUAUACAUGUGUAACAGUACUGUAUAAGAAUAUUAAUAAAAUUCAAGACUAUGAUGAAUUAACUUUUUACUAAAAGUCCUGACGAUUGGUGGAAGAAUCCCUGUACAGUUCAGGCAAGAUCGGAUCAACCGUACUGACGAUAGGUGGAAGAAUAUCUGUACAGUUCAGGCAAGAUCGGAUCUAUAGUCCUGAUGUUGGGUGGAAGAAUAUCUGUACAAUUCAGGCAAGAUCGGAUCUAUAGUCCUGAUGGUGGGUGGAAGAAUCCCUGUACAGUUCAGGCAAGAUUGAAUCAAUUGUAAAAUAUUAAAGUAGAGUUUAUAUUCCCAGAACAACGAACUUAAUAAGACUGUGAAAUGAAAAUGAAAUGAAAUAGGGUUUAACAUCCGACUGUUCUUCUUCGAACUGGGCUUAUGAAGACAGGCAUACGCCAUACAGUGUACUAUGAGGGAAAUUUUGCCCGGACAGCGGCACUACAGCCCACUCUUAGUCUUAUAUCAAAUUCCAACUGUCAAGGUUUUUUUUACGUGUACACAGGACCUCGUUUUUUUGUCCCAUCCGAACAACUAGACAACUACUUCAUUCUGAGCCAAGUUGUCAUUGUAGUUUUGACAAGAUGUGUGUAUAGGGAUAAACAGGGCACGGGUAUAUUCAAGACUUAUCUUUCCCAUUUUUAAAUGGGGAACCGUUCUGAUCUAGUUAAAAUAUCAAGUACAUGUAUCUGAUGCCAUCAAGAGUUGAUUAUGGUCUUCUUUUGUUAAUAAAUGUCUAAUUAAUAGUUUAUAUAACAUUUCAGGCCUAAAGAAAGACCUGCAAUAGACAGAUUUAGCUCUUAUAUAAUGUAUGUUUAAAGGACAAUAUUGGUGUCCGUCAUAAUAACAUAUGUGAUAGAACUGGUUAAAUACAUUCCAAAUAUAAUUUUAACACAGAGAUCAUUGCUACGGGAGAUGUGUAGCAGGCACGUGAAGAAACGGGAAGUGAUGACAAACACGAGUUAUCCUUCUACGUAUCUGACUGAUGUAACAAGCGAUAACAGACAAAUGAUCGAAUUUCAUUUCACUGAUAAUUCCGUUGAAGUUGAAAAGUUAUUAUAUGGGACGGUGAGAGGGUAUCUCACAAUUCAAAAAUAGAAUUGGCUGUCACUAGAUAAGGGAAAACGAGAAAAAAAGAAAAAUCCUGUGCAUUCCCUCCUUUUUAUUCAUUCUGUUCUUAAUAAAAACAUGGUAAUGCACAGACUUUUUCUAAUAUGUUCGUUAUCUUUUAUCUAAUGACAGCCAAUUCUUUUUUUGAAUUGUCAGAUAUACUCUCACCGUCUCAUAUAAUAGCUUUUCAUCUUCAACUGAAAUAUCAGUGAAAUGAAAUUCGAUCGCGUCUGUUACCGCUUGUUGCUUCAAUCAGUUAUAUAGUAGGAUAACUCGUGUUUGUCAUGUUUGUCGUCACUUCCCGUUUCUUCACGUGCUUGUUACACAUCUCCCGUAGCAAUGAUCUCUGUGUUAAAGUUAUAUUUGGGAUGUAUUUAACCAGUUCUAUCACAUAUUUUAUAAUGACUGACACCAAUAUUGUCCUUUAAACAAACUGUUGAAUAGAGUUUUGCUUGUUUAUUUAUAUCCAAUGUUUGUG